AUGGAUCUCCUCCGAGCUUACUCCGACGACCAAAACCCUAACUCCCCAGCCUCCUCCCCCUCACCGGAAUCUUCACCUCCACGUCUCCUCCCUCCUAAAUCCGCCGCGCCCCAAGUCGACGACACCAUGCUCGCACUCACCGUCGCGAAGAAUCGCAGCGCAAUGACCCGCCCCAUCGACCCGACCCAGCACCUCGUCGACUUCAACCCGACCUACGACCAGCUCUGGGCCCCAAUCUACGGCCCCUCCCACCCCUACGCCAAGGACGGCCUCGCCCAAGGGAUGCGCAACCACAAGCUAGGGUUUGUCGAGGACGCCGCCAUCGAGCCUUUCAUCUUCGACGAGCAGUACAACACUUUCCAGAACUACGGCUACGCCGCCGACCCCUCCGCCUCCGCGGGUUACAACUACGUCGGCGAUAUGACCGCAUUGCAGAAAAACGACGCCGUUUCGGUGUACAACAUCCCCCAGCACGAGCAGAAGAAGCGGAAGAUCGAGAAGCGGAAGGAGAAUGACGAGGACGGAGACGACAACGCCGAGAUGGUGGACCCGGAGGAGGUGGCGAAUCCGGCCAGCGAGGCGUGGCUGAUGAAGAACAGGAAGAGCCCCUGGGCCGGGAAGAAGGAGGGCCCGCCGGUGGAGCUCACGGAGGAGCAGAAGAAGUACGCGGAGGAGUAUGCGAAGAAGAAAGGUGAGGAGAAAGGCGGCGGCGACAAGGGAGAGGCUGUGGUGGAGAAGACUACUUUCCACGGAAAAGAAGAGAGGGACUAUCAAGGGAGGUCCUGGAUUGCGCAGCCCAAGGAUGCCAAGGCUAGUAAUGAUCACUGUUAUAUUCCGAAACGGCUUGUGCAUACUUGGAGUGGUCACACUAAGGGUGUGAAUGCUAUUAGGUUCUUCCCGAACUCGGGGCAUUUGAUACUCUCGGCAGGGUUGGACACUAAGUGCAAGAUUUGGGAUGUGUCGAAUACUGGCAAGUGCAUGAGGACUUACAUGGGGCAUUCUAAGGCUGUUAGGGAUAUUUGUUUCUCGAAUGAUGGGAGUAAGUUUUUGAGUGCUGGCUAUGAUAAGAAUAUCAAGUAUUGGGAUACGGAGACUGGGCAGGUGAUAUCUACAUUUUCGACUGGGAAGGUGCCUUAUGUGGUGAAGCUUAAUCCGGAUGAUGAUAAGCAGAAUGUGUUGUUAGCUGGGAUGAGUGAUAAGAAGAUUGUUCAGUGGGAUAUGAAUGAGGGGAAGAUUACACAAGAGUAUGAUCAGCAUUUGGGGGCGGUGAAUACUAUUACGUUUGUUGAUAAUAAUCGGAGGUUUGUUACUUCCAGUGAUGACAAGUCUCUGCGUGUUUGGGAGUUUGGGAUUCCUGUGGUGAUCAAGUAUAUUAGUGAGCCUCAUAUGCAUUCUAUGCCAUCGAUUUCGUUGCACCCCAAUUCGAAUUGGCUUGCAGCACAGAGUAUGGACAAUCAGAUUCUUAUCUACAGCACUAGGGAGAAGUUUCAGCUCAAUAAGAAGAAGAGGUUUGCAGGACAUGUUGUAGCUGGGUAUGCUUGCCAAGUAAAUUUCUCGCCAGACGGACGAUUUGUUUUCUCGGGUGAUGGUGAAGGUAGAUGCUGGUUUUGGGAUUGGAAGUCUUGCAAAGUCUUCAGAACUCUCAAAUGUCAUGAGGGGGUGUGCAUUGGGGCUGCGUGGCAUCCCUUGGAGCAAAGUAAAGUCGCAACUUGUGGCUGGGAUGGCUUGAUUAAAUAUUGGUAA